AUCAGGAAUAACGGUCCCUCAUCAUCAAGCUAUUUUCAAGGCUUAUUACCAGUUAUUUUCUUUGGAUCCACGACGCACCCCUUUAUCAUCUCUCUGUGACGUUCUGUCUUCCAACCAGCUGUUUAGAGGAUCACACUGACACCGAUAUCAACCGGAGCCUGCCUGUGCUGCUGACUGAAGGAACCCAUGCGGACUGUAAGCCAUCUGAUCUAGCCUAAACUCUUAUCAAUGAAGCAGGAGAUCAUGGCAGAGGGUCCCCGGUGUAAGAGGCGAAAACAGUCCAACCCACAGAGAAAGAACGUGCUGACCUAUGAGAAUGUGGUGGAGAUGAGCUCUGAGACAGACAAGGAUGACAAGACGCUGCUCUCAGAGGAGAAUGGCCUGACCAAUGGGGAGGAGGGUGGUAGCCCUGCCGGAGCCAGCGUGCCUAACCUGGAGGCAUCACCCAGGGUGGGCCACGCCCUGCUGUCCUACAGGGGUGGAGCAGAGGGAUCAGAGGGCAGGGACGGGCGGCAGAGCCACCACCACGCCUGCCGCCUGGGAGACAACCAACACAGACACCUCAAUGGGACUGUUAAUGGUAUGAAUGGGGUGUCAGAGCUUGACAACUACUUCACUAAGUGUAGUAAACUGGAGGAGAGUGACGGCCUCUCGGCCAGCAUCGCUGAAUACCUCCAGCGUGGCGACACCGCCAUCAUUUACCCAGAAGCCCCAGAGGAAGUGACACGACUCGGAACUCCCGAAACCAUUGGGCAAGACGAAAACGAAAACGAACAGUCACCUGGGACUCCAGAUUCUUUCACCCAACUGUUGACCUGUCCUUACUGCGACCGGGGCUACAAGCGUCUGACAUCGCUCAAGGAGCACAUCAAGUACCGCCAUGAGAAGCACGAGGAGAGCAUACCCUGCCCACUGUGCAGCGAGACCUUCUCACACCGAACACUGCUGGAGAGACAUAUGGCCAUGCACAAGCCAGGGAUCGAUCAGUCCCAGCUGCUGAGUGAAGGGGCCGGCAACCGCAAGUUCAAAUGCACUGAGUGUGGAAAAGCCUUCAAAUACAAGCAUCACUUGAAGGAGCAUCUUCGCAUUCACAGCGGUGAGAAACCAUACGAGUGCUCCAACUGCAAGAAGCGCUUCUCCCACUCCGGCUCCUACAGUUCCCACAUCAGCAGCAAGAAGUGUGUCGGUCUGUUCUCCGUCAAUGGACGAGUAAGUAAUGGAGGAGGCAACGCCAAGGCUGGCUCCUCCCCUAACUCCACCGCCUCCUCCCCGGGAAGCCCCGCCCUGGCUCUGCUCCGCCACAAGCUGGAGAACGGCCGCCCCAUGGGGCUCCAAGAUCAGCAGGGCCAACUGGACAUCAAGGCAGAGCCAAUGGACUUAAACGACUACCGGCUACUGAUGGCCUCCCAAUAUGGCGUCGGAGGACCAGGGGGCUACAUGAAUGGAGCCUGCCGAGGAGGCAGCCCCCUGGGGGUCCACAGCUCAUCCCAGAGCCCCCUGCAGCACCUGGGUGGAAUGGGGUUGGACCUGCCCCUGCUGGGAUACGGGUCCCUGGGGAACAACCUGAGCGAGGUGCAGAAGGUCCUCCAGAUUGUGGACAACACGGUGUGUCGACAGAAGAUGGAUGGGAACCCGGAGGAGAUCUCCAAGCUCAGGGCCUAUAUGAAGGAGCUGGGAGCUCAGAUGGAGGAGCAGAAGAUGGCCUUGUCCUCUCCGCGUGCCAGCUUCCAGGCGGUGGGCCACGGCAGCCCCACCAAGAGCAUCAUCGACUACACCCUGGAGAAGGUGAAUGAGGCCAAGAGCCUGAUCAAUGACUCCAAGAGGCAGAUCAACAUGGACAUAAAGAAGGAGAGGCUCAACCACUCGACGGAUCAUGAGGACAAGUCGCACCACGAGAGCCACCUGGUUCCAUUCCUGCCGUUCUCCUGCCAGUUCUGCAAGGAGACCUUCCCAGGGCCCAUCCCACUGCACCAGCAUGAGCGCUACCUGUGUAAGAAGAACGAGGAGAUCAACCACCUUCAGCCCAGCGAGGACGUGUCUCUCAGCCACAGGGGAGUGUUCCCCUCAGACCAGCAGGCCGCCCUGCUGUCCUCUCUUUCAGAGAGGGGCGCCACCAGCCCCGUCAACCCCUUCAAGGACCACAUGUCAGUGCUCAAGGCCUACUUCGCCAUGAACACAGAACCCAACUCAGAGGAGUUACUGAAGAUCUCCAUCGCAGUCGGCCUUCCGCAGGAGUUCGUCACUGAGUGGUUCUCCCAGUGGAAGAAUCAGCAGCAACAACAACAACACAACAAGGGCAAUGCCAACCCCAGGAAGCAGUCACCGCCGCCAGAGCGGAGCAGUGCAGAGAAGCGCAGGCACCACAGGCUAACCAGGUCACCAAUGUCCACGCCGCAACACGUGGACCGUAUCAUGGCACUCGCUGAAUUACACGGUGGCAACACCAACGGUGACCGUGACGCUCUCCACAGACACUCAGAGGCCAACCAGUUUACAGCAAACAGGCAGACGGGUGACAAACCACUAGACCCCUUGUACCAGCUUAGAAGCAGAACUCCAUCCCCUCUAAAUCUCUCCUCCACUUCUUCUAAAAACUCCCAGAGCAGCUCGUACACUCCAAACAGCCUGGCCUCUGAAGGGGAUGGCCAUGGGGGGGACGCACCGUUGGACCUUUCUCUGCCAAAACACAUGAUGAGCAACAGCAUCUCACUGGGAGAAAAGAGGUCCAAACCAAACGGCUACAUCUCAGACUGCAACGGUGACCACCACCAUUCCAGCCGGGAGCAGGGUACUGAGCCCAUGGACUUGGCCCACAUCAAGAAGGAGUUCCUGGGCUCAGAGAGAGACAACAGAGGCAACCGCGGACACCAGAUGGAGAAGAGUGCCAGCCCCAUCUUUGGCAUCAACCCCUUUGGUGGUGGUCACAUGUACACAUCUCUGCCCCCACAUGGAGCAUUCCCCCCGCCUAGCUUCAUGCAGGCCCAGGCCAGCAUCCCAGGCCUGAGGCCAUACCCAGGGCUGGAUCCAAUGAGCUUCCUGCCCCACAUGGCCUACACUUAUGCAACUGGGGCGGCUACAUUCGCUGAAAUGCAACAGAGGUCGAGGAAGUACCAACGGAAACCAGGUUUCCAGGGGGAGCUACUGGACGGCACUGUGGACUAUCUGUCAGGCCUGGAGGACCUGACAGACGAAUCACUCCUCUCCCGGAAGAAGAUUAAGAAGACAGAAAGUGGAAAGCGACCACACCAGUGCACAAUCUGUAAGAAGGCCUUCAAACAUAAGCACCACCUCAUCGAGCACUCGCGUCUGCACUCUGGCGAAAAGCCAUACCAAUGUGACAAGUGUGGCAAACGCUUCUCUCACUCAGGCUCCUACUCCCAGCACAUGAACCACCGCUACUCCUACUGCAAGAGGGAGGCCGAAGAGAGGGAGGCAGCUGAGAGGGAGGCGGAGGAGAGGGAGGCCUGGGACAAGGGCGAGGGCCCCAUGGAACCCACAGAGCUACUGAUGAGGAGGGCCUACCUACAGGGUCUGGGGCCGCUGGGCUACUCAGACCCCGAGGACCAGCUGGAGGACGGGGGCGACACCAUCCUGAGGGAUGGCACGGAAGGAGGGAUGAGGGGAGGACGAGGACAGAGGGAAGUGGACGAGACGUAUGAGGAGGUGACAGACAGACGAGAGGCGGGAAGUUUCAGGGAAGGAGAGGACGAGGGUGACGGAAGGAUGGACACAGCGAGGGAUGAUGAGGGGAAAGAUGCGUCGCAUUCGAUGGAUGACAGUUCAACAGAAGGGAAAAGAGACACCAAGUCAGACCAUUAGGAAGCAGAUUAAAUCAAUUCUGCAGUCAGGCAAAAGAAAAUCUUGCAGAAAAUAUUUGUCAUGAUGGUUUGUUUCAUUUCCUUUUUCCAUUCUUCCAGCAAACAUGAAACUUGCUAUGUUUUCAGAAGGGCACUGCAGUGGCUAAGUCAAGCAACUUGUAGCUUCUCAGAAGCUCAUAAUGAUGAACUCAUGGAAUGUGGUGACUGACUGCCAACAUCAGAGUUGAGACGACAAGCUGGGUGGGAUUAUUUAAGAAUCAACAUUAUGAUGUAAAAUGAUUAUCAUUAUAAUAAACAAAUUAAAUGAAGCUGUCUUUAAUGUACAGUGUUAAAUAAGGCCUAAAAGCUGUGUGGUGCUAUAAUGUUGUUAACCCUUGUGUUUUAUUGUGUUCAUACCCCAAACCAGGAAAUUGCACUCUGCCCCUUUAAUCACUACAAAAACAAUAAAAAACUAUUUAAAAAACCCUAUGUAUAUUUAUACCGUGCUUGAAGACUUGGUAGCAGUCCGUCAGUGUUGUACUUUGUCUACUACUUACUGUGAUGUCCUUGGUUCUACCCUCCCUUUUGCUCGGCAAACUAACCACACCAUUUUUUGUCUUUAUGUGAAGGAAACUUUAAACCUGUGUGAUUUGGAUGUUGUGAGUCUUAAAAUGGACUGGAAUGAAGUGACAGAAUGAAAUAGAGAAUUGUGAAAUACGAAGGGCUCCAUAUGACAGACAAGAGACUUAGUAUGUUUUAUUUUCUCAAGAGAAAGCCUUAUAUGCAAACCUUUUCACCUGUGCGUUUCUGCAAGUGCCAUCCCUGUACAGUGUAAAAAUCAGAGUUUACUUGUAUUAUCUUUGCUCUGGCUUCAGUAUUAAAUCAAUAUUUCACCUAGUUUUUCAAAGUACCUAUGUCAGUAUUAGCAUCGAUAGAGACAGCAGUUCUUUAGUUUACAUGUUUGUGCAAUUUUCUGUAUUUUUCAUUACCUUUUUCAGUAUUACUUUUGUUUUUGUAGAUUUUUUUCCCAAGCAUAAAUUACAUUUCAAUCAAAUUUUAAGAUUGCCAUUUUAUUUAUGUGACUCAUUUUAUAUUUCCUAAUUGUAUUUAUUUCAUACUGUAGUGUACAGUAUUAUAGUUCCUCAACAAAUAUAUUUUAGUAAAGGAUUCUGUCAUUGACUAUUGGAGAAAAUCAUGAAUAGAAAGCACUCUAUGGUAUUUGGAAAAACAGUCAUUGUUAAAAUUGUCAAUUUAGUUCUUAUCAUUUUAUUUCCUUUAAACUACUGGAAAUUCGAAAUUUGGGGAACUUUUGAUACAAUAUUGUGAAAACACUGUAUUUUUUGACAAUAAAAAUCCACUUUAGUCAUCCAGGUAAAGAGAUUAAGAUAGAGGGGGUGUUGAUGAUGGAACAUUUCUAAAAUGUCUUAAGUAGGCUAUUAUUGAUUUUUUUUUAUUUCUCUUGGAAAUGACCAUGCUCGAUUAAAUGUAGCCAAAAUUAAUUUGAAUAAAGCUGUGUUAUUCUUCUUGUA